AUGAGGAUUGAAACCUGUUAUUUCUGCUCCAAGCCAGCCUACCCCUCGAAAGGCAUCACCUUCGUCCGCAACGAUGCCAAAGAAUUCCGCUUCUGCAGCUCGAAAUGCCACAAGAACUUCAAGAUGAAGCGCCAGCCGCGCAAGCUGAAAUGGACCAAGGCGUCGCGCGCCCACAAGGGCAAGGAGAUGCUGGUCGACAGCACGGUGCAGUUCUCCGCCCGGCGCAACGUGCCCGUCCGCUACAACCGCGACCUGGUCGACCGCACGCUGCAUGCCAUGGAGCGCGUGGCCGAGAUCCGCGCGCGCCGCGAGCGCGUCUUCUACAAGAACCGCAUGGCCGGCAAGGAGGCCCGCGAGCUGGCCGAGGACCGCAAGCUCGUCGCCGAGAACGAGCACCUGCUGCCGCGGCACCUGCGCAGCGGCGAGCAGGCCGUCGCCGCCGACGGCGAGAAGACCCCCGCCGCGCCGUACACGCACAAGACCAAGAUCUUUGGCGAGGGCGAGAAGCGUCGGCUGCGGAGUCGCGUUGAUGGCGGGGUCGAGGAGGUUGCCGGGGGCGAUUCGAUGGAUAUGGACUAA